GCUUCAUAGCUUGGCGUUCAUUGUCGUUAAGGGCAUACCGUAAAGACCCUGAGACCUAGGACCCUAAAAUACUAAAAUAAAAACGGACCAGAAGGGUUUCACCCCGAUGAGACAUUAGUUGAUCACAGUUGACUGUCAUCAUCGCACCACAAGGACACAUAAACUGUCAAAUGCGCUUUUGCUCAUACUACGGCGUUCUUCCGCAAAUGAGUCUGUCAUGGAGUCAGACAGCGACAAGGAAGUUUACGGCAGCCUUUUGGGCUUCUUUUGUUCCCUUUAUCUCUUCUUUUGUUCCCUUUUAGAGUGGUUGCCACAGAACUGUUUAUAGUUUCUUGUAAACUUUGUGCAAAUCUUUAUAUUAAUAAUCUUUAUAUUUGACUUCUGUUAGUAGAUAUCAGUUCCGGACAGGGGGGGAUCUAGAAAGCAUUCUGACUGUUGCACACAAGGGUGCGGUCGGAAAUAUCAUUGGCCCCCUGCUCUUUUGAGCAGUCGACACUCACAUUAAAUUGGCUUUUAUUUAGAACAUGGUCAAACUGUUGUUUAUUCCUUAUCUGAGUUUUCAAUUGAUAUCACAGAAUCAUUUGCGUUAUUUCUUAGCCGACCGUAAAGCAAGAAACAACUUAAAAUUCUUAAGCGUAUUGACACGGUUUUCCUUUCAUAAUCCAGCAAAAAUUCGAGUCGUCUCUCUCGAUUUGUUUAUGGUACAAGAUGACAAACCAGGCCACGCAAAAAAAUGAAAAAACAUCAUUGCAAUGAAUUUUCAGAACGAACCAAAUAGAAAAAAUUUACACGAAAUUUGCCAAUAAGCAAGAAAGUUGUUGUUCAGGAAAAACCUCUUUCGAUACGGAUUCUUAGUAUAAUUUUAAAAAUUUCGACUGUCGCAUGUGCGAACGGUGCGAACGUCUAGAUCCGCCCCUGGUUCCAGAAUAUUUUUCUACUAUUUUUUCUAAUUUCGGGUUUAUUUUCAAAGGCAUCUAGUUUAUUUUUUAUUACUGAUUUCCUGAAAGUUCAGCCAAAAACAAUACAUAAAAGUCAGCUUCUAGACAUUAGUCGAUUAAAAACACGAUUAAAAACACAAAAAAGUUUUUAUAUAUGCGGGUACAUACAUUAUGCUCUUAGAUAUGCCAAAAUUAAAAAAUUGCACACUCAACCAAAUUUAAAAUGGCCUUAUUAUAGAAAACUUCUGUUUACACACCCCAUUAUUUGCCAAUAAUGCCAUUUUGUCAAAAUAGGGAGGACCGAAUCCAAAAAAUCACGCCAAAGUUGGAUUGAAUUCUGGGCCGUUAGCGCAUCGGCACAAGUUGCUUCACCUAACCCAUACAAAAUGCUAAUCUUCGAUAUAGCUUAAAUAGACUCAAGUACAAGCAGCUUAAAGUUCUGGGCAGGGAAUGGACAAAAAAAGUUCACUUUUUCCCACCAUAAAUCCGACGCACCAGCCCUACCUUAGAUACCUAAAGCCCCGGCCAAACGAGCCAACACUUCACCCAACAUUUCAACCAACACGCUCUGUUCGCAUGUUGGCUCAAAUGUUGGGUCGUUUGGCCACCAUGUUGGGUCACCCAACAUUGUUGGGAAAGAUGUUGGCUGAAUCGUUGGAUCGAUUUGAAACUGGUCAAAAAUGUUGGCGGUUGUUGGAUGGUAAUUAAAAUAAUCCCUAUUGUUCAAGGUGCUGUUUGGCUUUGUUGGCUUGUUUGGCCGGGUUGCCCAACAUUUGUUGACUUCACGCAAGCGCUGUAAACAAUUUUUAAAAGUGAAACGCGCUGCGCGCCAAGCUCGAGUUCGUGAAGCAGAGAUCAAAAUUUUAAAAUGAAGAGCGUAGAAUUGAUUUGAACGACUGAAGAAUAUUGGAUAAUGGAAGAGUACGAAGAAAGAGAUUUAGUGAGUAAAGAUGAGUACGACGAAGCCGUAAAGGAGAUGAAUAGAGUUUUGGGGAAAAGAAAAGCGUUGCUUUCAAGAUCAGGGAAGGCAGGCUUAGGUUGUCUUGGACUCAAUCCGAGUAUCCCAAAAACGGUUGUGCUAAAUGUUGGGCGAAUAGCUCCCUUCUCAAAUGACGUCACGUCAAAAUGACGCUUUGCAUGCUGGGAUAGGUUUGCGGACAAAAAGUUUUGAACUCCAGGUACUUGCUGUAAGAUCUGUGCGCGACCUAUGUUGUUUACCUUUGGAUCGCGGUUACAAAAUUCCUUUUAUUCGAAAAAUCAAGCUCAUCAAAAAAGGGUAAGUAGUCGUGCAACUGCUGCCGUAGGUGAUCAGCCUUUUAAAAUGAAAGAACUUGUGCUUUCAGAGCUGGGUGUUCCAGGUGCACAUUUCAACAGAGAUCCUGCGGAAUAUUCUGUUCUCGAACUCAAACGCUAUUUAGAAUGCCAUGGCGAAAAGAAAUCUGGAAGAAAACAGGAUCUUAUCGACAGAGUAAGAUCAUGUAUUGCAUUCAAGAAAGGUAUUGAUCCGAAGAUUGAUCAUGGAAAGUGGUACAAAAAGAAAGGGCAAGAAAGGCAAACACAAUCAUCGAUGCAACCCAGAAACAUAGAUAUACCUGUGGAGGAUAAAGCUCAUGUGCAUCAUUCAAUGAAAAACGUUGCAGUUGUUAUUGUCCUCAGUCAUAACAGUGGGUCAGUUCAGCAGGCCUCAUGUACCUGUAAGGCUUCAGCAUUCGGUAGAUGCGCCCAUUUUUUUGCCGUUUUGUUGAAAAUAGUUCAAUUUAUUGAAGUUAAUGGCACCAAGGUCAAAGCUCCUUCCACUUCAAAGCCAUGCCAAUGGAAUCGUGGCAAGAAAAGAGCUAAAAACCCAACUGUGGUGCAUUGUGCCACUUAUGAGUCAAAGAAGGCUUCAAAACCCAAUUUGUAUGAGUUUGUAUGGGCACGACCACUUAGGUAUCAAAACAACUUUGGUAAUGAACAUGCUAAUUCAUUCCUUAGGAAUCUCCAAACUUGUAGUUCCAAAACAAAGGAAAUUUCAAUGUGGGAAUUGUCAUUAAGAAUGAAAUAUGAAGACUACCCCCUCCAAGAAGAAAGGAAAGCUAUUUUGAAAACUCUUGUUAAUGAUCUUGAGGAAUCUUUGAAACAUGUGUUCACAGGAACAGAGGACCAGGUACAGUAUACAGAAAUAUCAGGAACAAUAGAGCCAAGUGCAUCAUUAAGAUGGCUUGAAGAACAAAGAUUCCGCAUUACAGCUUCCAAAUGCAAAAGAGCCUAUUCUUGUGGGGUGAAGCUUCUAUGUGAAAAAAGGCAGGAUCUUUUAGGGCAGUUUUAUAACUGGAUACAGAAUAACUUUUGGUUCCCCAAACAUAUAACAACCAAAGAUAUGGAUUAUGGAGUUGGAGUAUGAAAAGAAGCAGCAGCAAGGGAUGCAUACAAGGCAGUCACUGGCUUUUGUGAUAUUCACUUGAAUUAGUUUUGAAAUAUGUAUCUUACAAACGAGCUUGAUGAGUAAUUUAUUGUCUUGCUUUCUUUUGAGGUGGUCCAUUUUCGUUUUAAUGCAAAAGAAAUGUCAUCAUAUCAAAAAACUGACUAAAGAUUUGCUAUAUCCCACCAUCUCAUUACGCUAUUCAUACUAAAUAGAUGGCCCCAUUUUAAUGAAAUAAAAUCAGAAAAAAGGAAGUUUCUCCAUUUAAGAUUGUUUUAUCAAAGUUAACAAUGACUUUAAUGUUAAAAUGUAAAUGGGUUCUUGAAACAUUUCCUGGAAGAUUAACUUAUAUGCAACGUGCUGGCUGAAAGUUCACAAGACAACAUGCUACAAACACCAUCUGUGAUGCAAUAUGAUUAAGUGACAAUGGGAUAAUGUUUCCAAUGAGCUUGAAUUUUUCAAACGUUCAUUGAACCUUUCCACAUGUAUCCUAGCUUAGUGAUUAACGUGGUGUCUAUCUCUUCUUCUUUUUUUAAACAUUCUCUCUUGGCCAGAAAUGCUGGAAUUUUUAUUGAUGCAUGUUUAGGAUUUAACAAGUCUUGAAUAGUAAAUCCCUUGUCAACCAAAACAACAUCCUCAUGCUCAAUAUGAUCAAUAAUACCACAUUUCUUUGUAAUUGACACAUCAUCAAUGCUACCCUCAUACAAAUCAGAAACAAAACAAGCUGCACCAUUUGGGGUAACAGCAAUGAGGGCUUUGAAUGUUGUGUGAUGUUUGUAGGAGGAGUAUACAUUUCCUUGUUGUGCAUAGUUUCUUGGGGUUUCCACAAAAAAUUCAGUACAGUCAAAGGAGCAUCUGAUGUUUUUGAAACUUUUAAACACUUUUGUAAAGUUUUCCUGCUUGGGAACAUCAAAUAUUUCAAUUCUUUGAACUGUAGAAACAUAAAUUGGAUCCAUGUGUUAAAAAUGCUACUGACAAAAGAUUCUGAUACAUUGUAAAUGUAUGAUAUGGUUUUCAAUGCAAAUCCUCGUCUUAGCCUCAAAAGGGUAAUAAAUAACUCCUCUUUGACUGUAAAGCUCCUAUUUUGACUUUAUUUUGAUCCUGCAACGCUUUGUACACCAUAACUAUCCUUCUCUGAUUUCCUAUUGCCAUACCAGUAUUGAAGGUUGAAUUUUGCAGGACCUAGAAACUGAUCAGGAUUUCAAAGUGUUCAGGGUAAAGCCCUAUAAAAUACUUGGCCUUCUUCUUAUCCUUCAAGAUCAAUUCAGGAGACAUUGUAUUAAGUUGAAUAUCUGCCUUAUCAUCUGAAUGUGAAACUGUUGUUUUGUUUCUUAAUAUCAUUGUUUCGAUUUGGGCACCAAGAAUAUACUUGUCAUACACUGUCUGGGGGCCUUGAUGUACAGCACUGGUGUUGAAAACGCGCUGUCCUUCUGAGUCAUCAAUAAAUGACUGUCCUAAAGUGGCCUCUGACGAUUCAAGACUACAUAUUUCUUGAUCACUAAACGAAUUUUCCCUUUCUUGGUCAAAAUUGGGCAUUCAUCCCGAUCUCUUAGGAGUUUUUUUCUCUUAAUUCGCCCCUCUUGUUUCUUCUCCGUCAAUGAGGCAAGAAUCGGGUCUGGCUUGCCUUCUGUUGGUCCUUCCCACCAAUAAAGUGCAAUGAACAUAUGUAGGUGUCUUUCGUGAUCUGCUGAAAUUUGUUGAAGUCUUUUUGACCACAGGCAUGCAUCCAACGUUUCACCUUCAUUGUUUGUUCGUUUGCCCUUCGCUUCUCCCACUCUGUCAUAUCUUCACGGAUCUUUCCCGGCUUGGCAAACCUAAUAAAUGAAGUACCACAUGGCAUACGUUUUGGAUACCUUGAAUCCGACUUACAUAGACCCCAGCCAAAGUGUUUCGUAGCCAUGAUUAUAAGCAAAGCAGUAUUUGAACACAAUUUAUUCCACAUGAAAUUACCAAAACUUGCCUAGCUUGUGUUUGUCCGCAAUUCUAUCCAAUCUUGCUUUGCGCAAAGACGUCAUAGUCUAUUUUUAGCAAUUGAGAAAAGCGCUGGCCAGCCUUCCUAACAACUCCCAACAUUGUUGGGAAAUAUGUUGGGUUAAAUGCUGGGCGAAAUGUUGGCUCGUUUGGCCAGGGCUUAAGAUAUGAGAGGGGAAGAGAAAACAUGACUGAAUUAAAAGCCCAGUCUUUUCUAAAAGAAAAAUAACAAGAACUUUGAAAUGAAUCCAUGAUGUUAACAGGCCCUAGCCUAAUACAAUAGAAUGAGUAUUAGAAGAAACACACUAUGCCUGAGAUCAAAAGGGG